UUUUGUGUGGCUAAGAUGCUCAUUGGUCUGUAAUAGUAGGUUAAACAGAGGAUCGUAUUUUUGUUCCUGUGUCACCGAAAAGAAGAAAAGAACAGUGGACAGUAAGACCUGGCUAAGUUUUAACCGAAUAACGCUAUAGCCUUUCUCAAACGUUAACGCAAAAGUCUCCUUAUACCUGACAACAACCAGGUACUCACCAACUCGGUAAAACUCCUUUCGAAGAUGAACUCCAAUGUGGAGAAUUUGCCGCCUCAUGUUCUUCGCUUGGUCUACAAAGAGGUUUCGGCUUUGGUAGCAGAUCCCCCAGAGGGUAUCAAAAUUUAUCCCAGUGAAGAAGACAUAACUGAACUGCACACAGCCAUCGAAGGACCAGAGGGAACUCCGUUUGCUGGUGGCAUUUUCCGAAUGCGUCUGGUCCUUGGAAAGGACUUCCCUGCAGUUCCACCCAAGGGGUAUUUCCUGACUAAGAUUUUUCAUCCCAACGUGGGUCAUAAAGGAGAGAUCUGUGUCAAUGUGUUGAAGAGGGACUGGAAGGCAGAACUCGGCCUCAGACACGUCUUACUUACAAUCAAGUGUCUUCUCAUCCACCCGAACCCGGAAUCAGCUCUGAACGAAGAGGCCGGGCGUUUGCUCUUAGAGGACUAUGCAGAAUACGAGUCCCGUGCCCGUCUGCUCACAGAGAUCCACGCCAUGGGUGGGCCUGGUGGGACUUCGGGGGCACCUCAGGACCCUAAUGACGGCCCACAGCCGAAGAAACAUGCAGGUGACCCCACAAAGAGAGCGGGGCCCAGUGCAGCAGCUGUGCCUGCAGCUCUGGGUAAUGGAGCUAAUGGAGCCAGUACCACCAGCAGCAAUAGCAACAGUAGUAGCACUAAUAAUGUAGCAGGGAAAAAGAAAGCAGAUAAAAAACGUGCAUUGAGGCGGCUUUAAUACCACCAUAGAAGUGUGUGUGUGUGUGUGCGCGUGCGCGAGUGUGUAAAUACAGACAUUGAAGUGUGCUGACAGUUGUUUUUGUUUCUGAUUCUUCUUUCAAUCCAGACUGUCCACUUUGUACUCCUUCACUGUUUUGCCACCAGUUUGUCCUGUUGGCAUUGCAGAAUUUUUUAAAACUUCCAUACCUGAAGACACAAUGAAAAAUAUGUUCCUCUUUAAAAAGAAAGCAUGCACUUUCACUGUGAAAAUCAUGCUGUUAGUUGUUUUUCCCAUGGCCUAUUCUGAAUUAACCUGUCCAUUAGUGAGACAUAGCUACUGUUGUCUUAGACUAGAUAUCAGCUGUUUUCAGGUUUUCUUGGUAAGUCCUGCUGUGAUAGUACUGUGUACUGCUCAGCCAGGCUAAACAAAGAUGUUACUGUAAUUAAAUUCAGGUUUUCAAGUGGAUCUCAAAGGAAAUAAUAGUAGAAGUUGCUAAACAUUUUUGUAUCAAGUUUCAAAUGGGAGAGAAAUAAUGUUACACAAAAUGAUAACAUCUUUUUUAAAUUUAUUUUCAUUGUGAGGUCAAGGUAUUGAAGGUGUUAUUAGUGGGGAUUAGGAAAUCUUGUUUUUCAUGAAAUCUCAACCCUUUUUUUUUUUUU